GACGUCAUUUCCUGAGGGGAAAACAGCCACCCCACAUCUCACAAUCUUUUGGAGCAGAGAGAAUAUCAGUUACACUUAUCUAAGAAAAGAAAAAAAGAAAAAAAAGUGGCUGUGCCACACUGCGGCUUAAAAGAUGGAUAUUUCAAAGCACAGAGUUUACUGAUAAAAGCCGAUGCUGGAGGACUCUUUCAUUGGCGGAAUAUUCAUCAAUCUGUAACUGGUCUAACAAAUCUUCCUGAAUAUGCUGAGCUUCUUGCGCCGGACUCUGGGCCGGCGGUCCAUCCGCAAACAUGCAGAUAAAGCUCGACUCCGGGAAGCCCAGCGAGCCACAACACACAUCCCUGCUGCUGGAGAUGCCAAGUCCAUCAUCACCUGCCGAGUUUCCUUGUUAGAUGGCACAGAUGUCAGUGUUGACUUGCCGAAAAAAGCCAAAGGUGCAGAGCUGUUUGAACAGAUCAUGUAUCACCUGGAUGUUGUCGAGAAAGAUUACUUUGGCCUGCGCUUCAUGGAUUCAGCCCAAGUACCGCAUUGGCUUGAUGUCACCAAAAGCAUCAAAAAACAAGUCAAAAUUGGACCACCAUAUUGCCUCCAUAUGAGAGUAAAGUUCUACUCCUCAGAGCCCAACAACUUGCACGAAGAGCUAACAAGAUACCUUUUUGUACUACAGUUAAAGCAGGACAUUCUCAGUGGAAAGUUAGAGUGCCCGUUUGAAACGGCAGUGGAGUUGGCUGCGUAUGCUUUACAGGCUGAACUGGGCGAUUGUGACCCUGCUGAGCAUGGACUUGACCUGGUGUCAGAAUUCCGCUUCACCCCAAAUCAGACGGAAGACAUGGAAGUAGAUAUCUACAAUGCCUGGAAGGAGUGCAGGGGCCAGACACCAGCACAAGCUGAGAUAAACUAUCUGAAUAAGGCCAAAUGGCUGGAGAUGUAUGGGGUGGACAUGCAUAUGGUUAAGGCACGGGACGGAAAUGAAUACAGCCUGGGUUUGACCCCCACUGGAGUGCUCGUGUUUGAGGGGGAAACUAAGAUUGGCCUCUUCUUCUGGCCCAAGAUCACACGUUUGGACUUUAAGAAGAGCAAACUCACCCUGGUGGUAGUGGAGGAUGAUGAACAGGUAAUGCAGGAGACAGAAGAGGGGAAAGAGCAGGAGCACACAUUCGUCUUCCGCAUGGACCACCCAAAGGCCUGCAAGCAUCUGUGGAAGUGUGCCGUAGAACACCAUGCCUUUUUCCGCCUACGUGGUCCCGUCCAGAAGAGCUCAGCUCGCUCCGGGUUUAUCCGAAUGGGCUCACGUUUCAGAUACAGUGGGAAGACAGAAUAUCAGACAACUAAGGCCAACAAAGCUAGACGAUCUGCAUCCUUUGAAAGACGACCAAGUCGCCGUUAUUCUAGAAGGACCAUGCAGAACAGAGGUCCUAACAGAUCCUUAGAUAACCACAAUAACGGAGUGAGCCCAAGCUCAGAAACAAAGCCCACCCAAACACGGCCUCCCUGGUCCGGUAUGCCUGUGGUCAACAGCCCACCCUCUGCACCAGGUCCUAUGGAAAUCGAAACCCUCCCCAGAAGCCCCGGUGGCAGCCAAUCGGACAAGAGGAGCAUGCCCUUGGUGACUGACCUCUUGGAGACAUGUGUAGAUGAGGUUCUUCGGGCCACCGUUUCCAUGGUGACAGCAGAAGAAGUGGGACCAAGUGCAGCUUAUACCACAGCUAGCACAGUCACUGAGGAGACCCUCUCUCUGACCGAGGCUGCAGCUCGGCUCAAGCAACUAGAGAUCGAAAACACUCCAGUGUCUGCUCCUGCCAGAACUAACGUCAACCUCAACAUGAACAACCAGGAGGAAGUGGUGAAACUGACAGAGAAAAGUUUAAAUAGUAAGGGCAACAGUCCUGUGCUGAACCAGCUCAAAGCUCCUGAUGAACUCAAGAGCAACAUCCUGAAAGCUCAGGCAGAGGCAGCACUCAAGGAUUCUAGAGAUGAACUUGGACUGACUCCAGACAAGAACUGUAACCUACAGGAGGCAGCAGCCAGACUGACAUGUCGAGGGGGGCGUUUGGGAAGCACGACUUCUCUGCCAGUGAGUGGGAGAGCGGAGCGACAAGAGUCCUGGGACCUGUUCAAACAGCCCAGCCUGCUGCCCUGCUCUACUAGCAGCCUGGAAGAGAAUGCAGAUGACUUCAUUUCUUCUGUGCCGCCUCUUUCAUCAGAUCCACUGAAUGAAACCCAGUCAUCCAAGAGCAUGUGGCUUUUUACAAUGCAGGUCAAAGUUCAGGAUCCUGAGCCGCUGACAGCCCCUCUGACUGAUAACCUGAUAGACUUCACAGACCCCAUCCCUGUAGUUCCAGCCCCCAAACCCACAAUCACUCCUCGAUGGAUCAUUCCAGCUUCAGCACCUACACUGUCUGGUACCUUUACUAACGGCCUCCUUGACUGUACAGCAAAGAUGUCAUCUCAACAUCCUGAGGGAGCUGCUAUUUCUCCACUCCCCCAUCUCUCUCACACUCAUAAUGUGAUUGCCACCAGUAUUGUGGCUCACCCAACCAAGGACGACAGCCACAAGCCCAAAGGUCUGCUGACCACUGAACUCUGAGAGCGACGCCUUGAGCACAUGCCCAACACCUGUCACUGGACCAUCAAAAGGUUUCCCUUGAUUACUACAUUCCAGUCAAACACAUUCCAGUGCCCUUACAGUGCAGGCACAGACAGUUGGUCUCUGGGCAUGCAUUGUGUUGCAGUUCCAUCUUCAAGAACGCUGGCUUGGACAGAUGGCAUCCAGAAGCCCAGAUCUCAAUGCUGAUGACUAAGAUUAAAACAAUUCAACUCGAUUGCACAAAGGGUUAGCAGCAGAGUCCAGUGUUUGGGGACCACCAUUCCUUUGAUAACUUUUAUACCUCUUUUGAGUGACUUUUGAGUAUACAGCCCUUUGUCGUAGCAGCAGCACAUGUUAGACCGAGUCCUGUUGUGAUUGGAUGUUCGAUGUAGAAAGUUUGAUCCAGCUGCUCUCCACUUCCUGUUGAGAUCUUCACUGAUUGGAUAACGGCGAAAGAGUUGUGAACACACUUGGACACUCGUUAUUUUUAUAACUGGAGUAGUUCUUCCUACAGAAAUUAUAUUUUUUAUGUUUGCCUUUCUUUUGCUCUGCUUUCUAUGUUCUUAUGAGAAGUAGCUGCAUUCAUUUUUACGCUUUUAAGUACUGUACUCUAAACUGCAAGGUUGUUAGCGCACUAUUGUGUAGCAUUGGGAAACAUGCAGUCAUGAAGUCAUUGAGCCAAGAUUUGCUGUUUGAAACUUUUAUCAAUGCUGUUUUUAUCCAAACACUGUAGUUAUGACCUGCCUUAUUUUAAUAGUUCAUAUAAGAUUUUUAAAUGUACAUGAACAUAUUACAGCAUAACGUAUUACAAUGUAGUUUGUCAUCUACUGUAUUUAGUUGACGUAUUUCACUGUGUAGUUUUAAGUGUGCUUCACUGUGGUUAUAAAUGCUGCAUUAGAUGUUAUGUGAGACACAGGAGCAGCUGAGACCUCUGUCAGCCUAUGGCUCAUACAGUAUCAAAACUGCGGAAGACUUGGACAAUGUAAACAAACUAAAAUAUUUUUAUUGUGAUUGUAAUAUGUGAUAAUGGGAGGAAAAAAUUACCGCUCGCUGUCUGUGCCACCAGUUGCCACAAAUGAGAGGCCUUUCUUCUUCCACUGUACGUUCCACAAGCAUUUGCUGCUAUUUUUCAGCACACUGAAAAGUACAUAAUUGGUAUAAUCACUGGAUCUGAAAUCACUGGGAUGAAUUGUUUGGAGGUCAAAUAUCAACUUUUUAUAAAAUCAAUUCUUGUUAAUAAUUGUAAGUCAGACUUCUCAAAGGUUGUUUAUAUGGUCUACAUCUUCUGAUUUGCUUUGUACUCCCUGCUUUAGUGGAAGUGCUCAAUCACAGAAGUCAGUUGUAGCUGGAUUCCAUUGAUAUGCUAAUUACCUUUGUUCUCUAAGUCUCACACUGUAGGCUUAUUUACAUAUAUUAAUGAUCUAUAGAUGUCACAGAAAUGAUCUGUUUAUAUGAAUACACUGACUGUAAGCCUUGUCAAAUUUUGUAUGAUGUGAGACUUUCCAUAAGUAAAAGUAUUUUAACGGUUA